CGAGAGCGGAGGGGGAGGGAGGGGCUGAGGAAGCGAUGGAGGGCGGCGAGGCGAGCGGCGGGCUGCUGCAGCAGAUCCUCAGCCUGCGCCUGGUGCCGCGCUCCGGGAACGGCACCGCCGCCUACUCCAACCCGCUGGCGGCCUUCUCAGAGAUGUGGUACGGCGUGUUCCUGUGGGCGCUCGUCUCCUCGCUCUCCUUCCACGCCCCCGCCGCCCUGCUCGCCCUCUUCACGCUGCGGCGCCACAAGUACGGCCGCUUCAUGUCGCUGGGCCUCCUGCUGAUGGGCAUCGUGGGACCCAUCACCGCCGGCAUCCUCACCAGUGCUGCCAUCGCAGGAGUUUACAGAGCUGCAGGGAAAAACAUGAUUCCCUUCGAAGCCCUCAUUUUAGGAGUGGGUCAGACGUUCUGUGUGGUGGUGGUUUCGUUCCUGCGGAUUUUAGCCACUCUCUAGCUUUUCUUCGGAUGCUAGCGCUUGAAAACGGAAGGGAACCCAAACAUCUGCGCCGUGUCCGGGCUCUGUGAAGCAAAUAACGAGGGAGCGCAACUCGAGGGGUGCCUCGGCGUGCGCUUCCUCCCCUGCUUGAGGUUGUGUGAAGGCUUUCUGCCUCCAGGCCGGUGGCAGAGCCUGACCUGAAGGGCUGCGUGCCACAAACGUGCGUUGGAGAACAUGCUUUCUGUAACUUCUGUUGCUCAUGUACCCCCGUAACGGCAGGGUUAAGUCCCCCCUGGCACUGCUGAAGCUGUGCCGCCGAUCCUGAGCAAACAUCUGCAAGCAAUGCCCAGCGUUGGCUGCUUCCCGGCCAAAAUGCGCCACUAAACGGGUCCCCGGUCUGCUUUAGAAAUUAAGAUGAAAAUUGUUAAUUUUGUUACGUUUUCGUAACGCUAAGUGCCAAGUGAAACUUCAUUUCCCUGGAGGAGGCUCGGCUACCUUCUGCAGGUAACAAAUUGUGGCAGCAGCAGAGCGUAACUAAACAGCAGCCACGCCUGGUGUGGUGUCUUCAGCGCUCAGUUAAUGCUUUGACCUCUUGCUGCUUUGUUUGCAGCGAACCCGAAGCUCUUUUAAUGUGAUUUUUUUUUUUUUAAAUGAGACAUUUCUUUUAUUGUUUUUCUUCUGGCCCCGUCUUUGCCAGAUCAUGCUCAUGGUGAAGCUGGGGAGCAGCAAAACGAAAAAUCAUUUUAAAUAGCUGAGACUGAAAAGUUGUGGCUGAGAGUUGUGAACGUGCCUCAGGGGCAAGGGAAAUGGUGUGAAAAAGAUUGUGAUUUUAAUGAGUUUUAUUACCGUGAAGCUCUUCAGACACCGGACGUCCUGCACGGGAGCUGCACCCCGCUGCCCACAGCAGCAAUCCCAGGGCACGUGUGAGUGUGCACGGUAGUUUCUCGGGCUUUGGAGGAGGUCUGUGUUCCUGAACUCAUUCUGAUUUCACCUGCUGAACAUGCUCACGUCGGCGUGGGAGAAUUGGACAUCUUCACUGGUGUGCAAACAUAAUUUUAGAUGCCCCUCAACCCCUACCCGCCGAGGUACGCUCUCUCCUAACGCACUGGUUUAGUUUUAAGUGACUUUUAAUUAAUUCUUAAUCUGCCUGCUUGCCUGGAGGUGUGCGGUGCGGUCAGGGCUCUCAGGUGUGCUCUCUGCGGCUGGGUUUUGGGGCCUUGGGGGAAGCUGGGGCUGAAUCCUGAGGCUGUUGCUGUGUGGAGUAGCCAGCCCCAGGGCCCUGCUGUGGUCCCUGCGUGUUUCGUAGCCGCUGCCAUCAUCUGGGUUGCUGAAGGGAGGCACUGUCUGUGUCUGGCCUCCCAGGCCACGCUUCCCCCCCCCCGGGUUGUUUCUGAACUCUGGGUUUCCAGAGCAGCUCGCCCUCUGUGUCUGAUGCCCUCCGUACGGCCGCUUGUCUUCCACAAAGGUGAUGAAACAACCCUGAACAGGAUCAUGUGCAUCAUAAAAUUAGCUUGCUGUGCAUCACGAAAUUCUCUCCUCAGGUUCUCUUGAGCAGUCCUUUGACAGUGGAUGGAGAAAGUUGUUUUUCAGGAGCUUUAAUGAGAAUAUGCUAAACUUUAGCCUGUAUUAAUCCAGGGAAUAAAGCUGUGAAUUUUAGGAGUUUAAUGCAAACCCUUCUCCUUAGGCAGGCAGGGUCUGAGCCCCGGGUCUGCUGCGUGGGGCUCUGGUGGGGCCUCUCCCCUCUGCGCUUCCACCCCCCUGCCCCAAACAAAAAGCAGGAGUAAUGAGUGAAUCUGCUUGGAUCGCCUUCCCCUUCCUGCUUAUUGCAAAUCGCUUCAUGCACAGCUUGUACCUGGAGCACGUGGUUUAAGUCAUGGACUGGGCCCAGACGGAUUAAAAGUGCUGGGGCUGGACGGGGCGGGUCUGGCCGUACCGUCCUGGUGGUGCCCUGAGCACCUGCCCUGCUCCCCUCAUCCCGGAGAACAAACAGGGAAAAAAAAAUCACUCGGACAGACAGAAAGCACCCUGCUCUCUGCCUGCUGACGUCUCCUAGGGUCUGUUUUGCAUGUUUGCAGCUUGGGCACUGCCUGGCAGCUGCGUGGCUGUCCCGGCAGUGCCACUCUGUGCCCGGGUACCGUGAAAUUUGCAGGGAAUUCUUGUAAAGAAGAGGGGAAAGGUUGGCUGCUGCCUUCUCUUGGUGGGUUUUAGUGAUGGGGGCGAGCUCUUUGAGUCCCUUUGCUAAUCACGGGGCACACCAGGAACCAUGGCAUCCCCAGCUGCCUGCCUGCCUUCCUCGCCUCCUGCAAUAAAACCAGACCCAAACACAGCAGCGUAGUUUUGAGCCGAAGCACCAGGGCAGGCUGUGAAAGCAGGUUCCUCCCUCUCAUCACGUUGUUUCGGUGUUCCUUUCGCCUUCCUCCAAGCAGAGGAAUCCCUUGAGUCUUCAGCAGGUGGCUUUGCUCAGGCAGAAGGAUUUGGGAAGGCUGGGAUUUGGAAAUGCUGAGGGCUGUUGCACGAGGCUGGGUAAGUACCCCACGACUGCUUGGGAGAAGAACAAUUCCUGCUCUACUGCAGCGCGAACUUGCCAAAAGCUGUAAAGAGCUUGCAAAAAAAAUGGAAAUGCCGAGGUGUCCUGAGAGCCCAGCAGGAAACCACACCGAGAAACCUUCCGCCCCGAGAGGCACCGCUGCUCGAGCUGACUUCCACGUGCUGGUCUGCAUAGGGACAGCCCGACUUUGCUCCUCGCAACCACAACUGUCACGAACAAAUCUUUGUAUGAGAGAAAUCCAUGCAAAGUUUUAUUUUUCUACUGGCACUUCUAAUCCUGGUGGUGACGAUCAGUAAAUGCUGUAACGAUCGA